GAUACUCGCAACCAGCAGCACACACGAGCCACAACACACGCUUCCGUGAACGCCGGGUGGAAAUACCACACCGCAGUGUGUGCUUGACUGCCGUCAUGGCUACUUGCGGGGAAGCAGGAGAGGGAUGCAAGAAGGCCGGCAUGCCCACGUGGGUGCCUCCGAGACCGCUCGGCGAGGGAGGCUUGACGGAGAUGAUGGACAGGAUGUACCCUCUCAAGGUCUUCAACUCGCUAACGAGGACAAAGACUCGGUUUGUGCCUAAAGACUCCAACCGGGUGCUGUGGUACAUGUGCGGACCCACUGUCUACGCCCCCAGCCACAUGGGCCACGCGCGGACAUACCUGCACUUCGAUAUCCUUCGGCGAGUGAUGACCGAUUUUUUCGGCUACGACGUGUCUCUGUGCAUGAACAUCACCGACAUCGAUGACAAGAUCAUCACCAGGGCCAACGAGGGCGGGCAAAACUAUCGCGAGCUGGCGGCCCACUUCGAGGAGGACUACAUGCAGGACAUGGCCUUGCUAGGCGUGCGCGCCCCCACCGUGGUGACACGCGUCAGUGAGUUCAUCCCGGAGGUGGUGGAGUACAUCCAAGGCAUCAUCGACAACGGCUACGCCUACGAGUCAAACGGUUCCGUCUACUUUAACGUUCAGUCUUUCGAAGGGAAGAAGGGGCACGCGUACGCUAAGCUCUUGCCCGAGGGGGUCGGCAACGGGGAGCUCAUGGCGGAAGGGGAGGGUGCGCUCAGCCUAGGGGCCGGCGACAAGAGGUCGUCGGGCGACUUCGCGCUCUGGAAGCGCAGCCGGGAGGGGGAGCCCAGCUGGCCGAGCCCCUGGGGCGACGGGCGGCCCGGGUGGCACAUCGAGUGCAGCGUAAUGGCGAGCGCUACGUUCGAGGGGAUGGGGGACGGCACGAUGGACAUCCACUCCGGGGGCGUCGACCUCAAGUUCCCGCACCACGACAACGAGAUGGCCCAGGCGGAGGCUAAGUACGACUGCUGCCAGUGGGUGAACUACUUCCUGCACACCGGCCACCUGCACAUCAAGGGCUUCAAGAUGUCCAAGAGCCUCAAGAACUUCAUCACCAUCAAGCAGGCCCUGCAGGAGAACUCGCCACGGCAGAUCCGGCUGUUAUUCCUGCUGCACAAGUACAACACCCCCAUGGAUUACGGUGACGACGCCAUGUCCGGCGCGCUCGCCGCGGAGAGGACGUUCAGCGAGUUCUUCCAUAACGUCAAGGCCGCCCUACGGAGAACGACGGCGAGGGACCCCGCCCGCACGAAAGAGCCGGAGCUCGCGCUCAUGUCGAGCCUUUCGGACGCCAAGAAGGAGGUGAAGAAGUGCCUGUGCGAUGACGUCGACACGCCGGGGGCCAUGGGAGCGUUGCAGGAGCUUGUGAAGAACGUGAACAAGUACAUCGAGGCGAAGGAGAGGGCGGGAGAGCCGAUCGUCGCGGACUGUGUGCGAGGGGCUGCCGAGUACGUCACCAAGAUCUUCAAGGUUUUCGGGCUGGCGUCUCCCGGCCCAGCGCUAGGCUUCUCCCAGGUGGGAGACGCAGGCGUCGGCGGGGACGCCAGCGGGGAGGGGGGCGAGGCCUCUCGGGAAGCGAUCCUGGGACCGGUUCUCGACGUCCUCUCGGAGUUCCGCGACAAGGUGAGGGGGUGCGGCCGCGCGGGGGACACGAAGGGGGUGCUGGCGGCCUGCGACCACGUGAGAGAAGAGCUGCUGCCUGGCGUCGGGGUGCGACUCGAGGACAAGGGGGACCAGGCGGUGUGGAAGCUCGAGGACCCGGCCGUAUUGGCAAGAGAGCGACAGCAGCGUGAACAAGAACAGUUGCGCCGCUUGGAGGCGAAGGCAGAGACGAAGAGGAAGGCGGCAGAGAAGGAGGCAAGGAAAAAGAUCCCCGCCAGCGAAUACUUCCGGGGAUUGAAGGGCGAAGACGGGAAGGCGUUGUACACCCAGUUCGACGACAACGGCGUUCCCACGCACGACGCUGCCGGCGAACCGAUCGUCAAGGACAAGAAGGUCAAGAAGGAGUGGGAGGCCCAGAACAAGCUGUACAACAACGCGCUAGCGAAGGCCAAGAAAUGAUUAUUCUAUCGUGGUAUUUUCUUGCACAAAGUUUGGGUUGUGUACCGGUUUCGAGCAACUUUCGGCACACAGAAAAGGAGGGUGUCCACAUCGCACAAAAGAUUCGUUGAGCGCCGUUGAUGCAGUCGGUGCUGAGGAAGGCUUCAGAGAGCUAGGAGCACAGGGUGGGCAGGUGCUGUUGCGCUCUGGUGCCGUUGCUGUCGUCGUACACAGCACCGUAGGAGUAUGCGCUACGCUCGAGCACCGCGGUGGUUGGUGCGUAGCGGUCGCAAAUAAGAUUUUCCCUCCUCACCAGAACCAGUGUUAAGGUUGCAUUGUCGAAUGGUACGUGCCUGUAGUUUUUUUUUUUCGAGUUUUGUUUCAACGGGAUUGUUCAGCGACGACCCCCAGUGGCAUGAUGCUUUUUUUCUUUGUACCGAUACAGAGCGCGAACAGCGCGUUGGGAUUGGCUGCCGCUUUUUGCAAGACCGAGACGCAGGAUGAUGGCGCAGGCUUCGAGGUUGGAAGUGUUCCAAGGUAUAGCUGACUGAAUGAAAAAGGGGUCCCAAACUUUC